AUGUUGUUCAAAUCGCUAAUCACGUCGGCUUUUAUCGCUGCUACUUCUUUGGUCUCCACUGCGGUUGCUGAAGAUUUGCCAACCAUUGAAAUUGUUGGAAACAAAUUUUUCUACUCAAACAAUGGUUCCCAAUUCUUUAUGAAGGGUAUUGCUUACCAACAAAACAACUUGAACUCAUCUGACUCGUUUAUUGAUCCAUUGGCUGAUCCAUCCACUUGUAAAAGAGAUAUUCCAUACUUGAGUGCUAUCGACACAAAUGUCAUUAGAGUCUAUGCUUUGAAUGUUAGUGCUGACCACACUGAAUGUAUGGAGGCUUUGCAAGAAGCUGGUAUUUAUGUUAUUGCUGACUUGUCGCAACCUGAUGAAUCCAUCAACAGAAAAGAUCCUCAAUGGACUUUGGAUUUGUUUCAAAGAUACACUUCAGUUGUUGAUGCCUUCCACAACUACACCAAUGUCUUGGGUUUCUUUGCUGGUAACGAAGUCACAAACGAUGAAACAAACACUGAUGCCUCUGCUUUCGUUAAAGCUGCUAUUAGAGACACCAAGGCUUAUAUGAAGGCCAAGGACUACAGAGCUAUCCCAGUUGGUUACUCUUCAAACGAUCACUCUGCUAUUAGAGUUGCUUUGGCUGAUUAUUUCGCUUGUGGUGAUGAAGACGCAAGAGCUGAUUUCUUUGGUAUCAACAACUAUGAAUGGUGUGGUAAGUCCAGUUUCAAAACUUCAGGUUACGAAACCGCUACUGAAGACUACAAGAACUUGGGUAUCCCCAUCUUUUUCUCAGAAUAUGGUUGUAACGAAGUAUCCCCAAGAUUGUUUACUGAAGUUCAAGCAAUCUUUGGAGAUGACAUGACUCCAGUCUGGUCGGGUGGUAUUGUUUACUUGUACUUUGAAGAAGAAAACAACUAUGGUUUGGUUUCAGUCAGUGGUGACUCAGUUUCCACUUUGGAUGACUACAACAACUACAAGUCUGAAAUUCAAAAAAUCAGUCCAUCUUCUGCUCAAGCUUCUGCUGAAAGUGCUAGCUCCCUUAGUGCUACUUCAUGUCCUACUUCCACUUCUGUUUGGGCUGCUGCUACUGAAUUGCCACCAACCCCAGAUAAGGACGUUUGUGACUGUAUGGCCAACUCCUUGAAGUGUGUUGUUUCCGACAAGGUUGAUUCUAGUGACUACAGUGACAUGUACGCUUACGUUUGUGCCAAGAUUGAUUGUAGUGGUAUCAGUGCUAAUGGUACUACUGGUAAAUAUGGUGCUUACUCCCCAUGUUCCGCCAAGGACAAGUUGUCAUUUGUCUUGAACCUUUACUACGAGGACCAAAAUGAAAACGAAUCAGCCUGUAGCUUUAGCGGAUCAGGUUCAUUGAGAAAAGGUGCAUCCACUGCUUCCUCAUGUUCUGCAUACUUGAAAGCUGCUGGUUCCUCUGGUGUAGGAAGUAUUUCAGGAUCAGUCAGAACUGAUACUUCACAAGAAACCGAUUCAAAUGGAACUGGAAACCAAAACUCUGGUCCAAAGAGUGGCUCCAGCGGCUCAAGCGGCUCCAGCUCAUCUUCAAGUGGCUCUUCAUCGAGUGGAUCUUCAUCCAGUUCAGGUAAACUGAGUGGUGCCGUGGCUGGUGGCAUGAUUGGUGUUUCCACUUUGACUAAACUUGGUGCUGUUGCCCUUUCAAUGGUUCUUGGUUUCAGUUUCGUCUUGAUUUAG